AUGGGUGAUUCGAACCUGGUGGUCAGCCAGGCCAAAAGGAUCUUCUUCCUAAAGAAACCCAGCCUAGCCCCAUACAAAGCAAUGGUCCAGAAAAUGGAGAAGAAAUUUUCAACCUUUGAAAUAGAACAUGCUCCAAGGAACGAAAACUGGUUUGCGGAUGCGUUAGCUGCACUAGGCUUACAAAUAAUGUUCGAAUGGGAUAACACCAGGGUAGAGGUUAGCAAGAGGGAAGAAUUUAUUAUUGAGGUAUUGAAGGAAAGGUUCCUGGAGGAAUGGUGCGAAGGGGAUUGGCGAAUCCUCAUAAGGAAAGCCUUGAUGAAAGGAGAAGGUGCCAUAGAACUGAAGGUACUAAAAGACUACGCCCUGGUGAGAGGAGAACUGUACCGCAGGAUGCCCGGUGGGGUCUUUUCCAGAUGCGUAGGGCAGGAGGAGGCCUAG